AAUGAGCACUCUCUGCUCGUCAACCAGUGUAUCGUCGAAUCGAGCAUGGCCGACCCAUUCAGCAUCACGACAGGUGUGGUUGGCAUUGUUGUCCCAGCACUCCAUGCGACACGGCUUCUGCUGGACGACCUUCGAAAGAUCUCCGAUGCCCCCUCCACUGUGGAAGCGCUCCGUGAAGAUGUUGCCUUUGUCGAAGCCACGCUGGAGUCUCUGAAAGCAGUCGGUCAGCCGCAAUGGACUGCCCUGGGCGCAACGGUGGCCGAGCAAUUGGAGCAUGCGAUUGUGUCCUGCACGACAUCUUGCACUAAGUUCAGAGCUGACCUCCAACGCUGGACCCGGCAUUCUACUGGCUGUGACAUCUCGUGGCGGGAUCGAGCCGGCCUGGGCUUCUUCCGCGAGAGCCAGAUCAAGGCGAUGUCUGAACAGCUUCAGAAGUAUCGUGCGACUCUGAACCUCGUAAUCAGCACUGCAACACUGCAUAGCUCGAUUCGCGGCAAGCGUGUCACCGAGGAGUUGAAGGCCGCGAUCACUGACAAGGAGAAGAACAUCACCGAUUCAAUCACUAGCACGGACCAGCAGCUCACGACGGUGGACACCCGCCUCCAGCAGCUCCAUCCUGCAGAAGGUCGAGGUCAAACUACAAGUGGCAUGGUAGACGAGGACGAGGCUGGCAUGCGGCGCGUGAUCGGAGAAGAACAGGCAAUACUGCGGGUGUUACUAGCGCUGUUGGAAGGGCUAAAGUUGAAGACGCAGGAAGAAGCGAAAAAGAUGGCCGAAGAAGAACGCAAGCAAUCAAUGCAUGUCACGUUUGGAAACAACAACUCCGACUUCCAGCUAGGCGCGAACAGCGGAUCCAUCUCGGGGUUCACGUUCGGAGGUCGCGGUGUGUAGACCGUUAAGCGGGUUUGCCAACCGCAGGUGUGUAGGCUAUCGAUUUGUGUUUUAUAUCCAGCAAGGGAGGAUAGGCUAUAGCAGGCACUCCCAGGUCCUGUUAGCGUAGUUCCUUCCAUACCAGCAGCGCACAACAGUCCCUAAAACAUCCAUUCAUCUCCACUAAUACAUAAGCUGGAUGGGACCCAGAAGUCUGAAUGCAUCAAAACCACACCAAUCGCGAUGCAUUCCUCCUAAAGCUUGUUAAGACGCAUGGCAUUUAGUUU